GGCACCGAUCGCAAGGGGCGCUCCGCCCUCCCGGACGCGGUCGCUAUGGUAACCAGUCUUCGCUUCCAAGGAGUUCUAAGCAUGGUAAUCAUCAGUGAAAAUUCAUGAAUUUGAGCAAGGCAGUGCACUAAGCAGGAGAGACAAAGAGCUGAAAAUGGCAAAAAGAGAAACAAAUGAUCAUGAAGCAUCACUUCCUCAGUCUUCUUUAUCACCCUUGACUAAAGCCAUGGAGGUAUCACAGCAGAGCAACGGUGAAGGCACCAUCAAUGGAGAUGCCAUUCACCCAAUUUACAAACGAAUUUCAAAAGAUUUACCAAGAGAGUUUAUGUCAUCCCAGGCAAAAGCAGUUAUUAAAACUACUGAAGAUUAUUUGCUGCCUCAGUUUGGCCCCAACAGACUUUUGCAUUCAGCGGCAGUAUCAGAAGGGUCAGGACUUCAAGAUUGCUCCACACAUCAAACAGCAUCAGAUCAUAGCCAUGAUGAAAUAUCAGACCCAUAUAGCUACAAAUCAAACAGUAAAAACAAUUCUUGUUUUAUAUCAGCAUCCAAGAGAAACAGACCUGUCAGUGCUCCAGUGGGUCAACUGAGAGUUGCAGAGUUCUCUUCUUUAAAAUUUCAGCCAGCCCAGAAUUGGCAUAGAUUGUAUCAAAGACACAAACGUCAUCCCAGAGUGAUUACAGUAACAGCUUACAAAAAUGGAUCUAGAACAGUCUUUGCCAAAGUUACAGUACCAACCAUCACCUUGUUGCUGGAGGAGUGCACAGAAAAGCUGAAUCUGAACAUGGCCGCACGACGAGUGUUCUUGGCAGACGGCAGUGAAGCCCUCAAACCUGAAGAUAUACCCCGUGAAGCCGACGUUUAUGUUUCAACAGGAGAGCCCUUUUUAGAACCAUUCAAAAAAAUUAAAGACCAUCUGUUGUUAAUGAAGAAAGUAACAUGGACAAUGAAUGGGCUGAUGCUUCCUACUGAUGUUAAAAGACAGAAAACCAAGCCUGUUCUUUCUGUUAGAAUGAAGGAACUUACUGAGAAGACCUCAGUCCGAAUUCUCUUCUUUAAGAAUGGCAUGGGGCAAGAUGGACAUGAGAUUACAGUGGGAAAGGAAACAAUGAAAAAGGUUUUAGAUACUUGCACAAUGAGAAUGAACCUAAAUUCGCCAGCCAGAUAUCUUUAUGAUUUGUAUGGCAGAACAAUUAAAGAUAUUUCAAAAGUUUCUCUGCUUGAAAAAUGCCUGCAAAAUUCCAUCACACCUUUGCGGGCACCAGUUUGGGUCUCUGAGGGAGAAGGUUUCAGCCCCUCAGGAGCUAAGAUGUACAUCCAAGGAGUUCUUUUGGCCUUGUACCAACGACUAAAAUCUGCAAAAAAAUAUUAUACACAGUUGAACCUGGCUUUACAUGAACAGAAAGAAAAAAUUACUGAAAAAGUAAUUCUUUCAAUGACAGCAAAGGAACACCAUAAGGCACAAGAAGAAGUGAGCAGGCUGAUUGAUGAAUUGCAGACAGCUAUCAAAAGCAACAGAGGUCAUCUCUCUAAACUUGGCCCCCAAUUACAGGCUGAGCAGGAGCAAUUCUCCUCUUAUGUCUACCAACACAUUAAAAGCCUUCCAGCAAACACUCUUAUCCCAGGAGGCCUGCAGCUCAAGAUAUUUGAAAGUGGUAAAGGCACUGGAGAGAUCUCUGUUUGCAUCAGCAAAAAAGACCUGGAGUCUAAUAGCCCAACUCAAACUGGUGAUAUGAUGGAAAAAUUACUUCUCCAGAUUCAUCAAAGGCUUAAAGAAUCUCCUAUGAACUCAUCAGGCCUCAGUUUUUCUUCAAUCCGGCUUUUUAAUGAGCAUGGUCAAGAAAUUAAGAAUCCACUUGUGCUGAAGAAUGAGCAAAAAAUUUGGGUCUCUUAUGGUAAAGCAUACAGAUCUCCACUUACACCUGUUUUGAGUCUCACCUUUGACCAGGUGACUGCAUUUGACAGAGAUGGCAUUACAGUUGUGUAUAAAACCUUCUUGGAUCCUAAUGCUGUUCUGCUACCUGGAUGUGACAAUUGGGAAGUUUGUGAGAGAUUUCCAAUUAAUAUCAACGGUACCAGUCAACAGAUACCUGAUCAAUUUGAAAAGGUGGACUUGGAGAAUCAUUUCCUACAGAACAAGGUGGAUCCCAGUAUUGUCCUGCAUGCCUCUGUUUCCAUCCGAAAGCGGAGCUCCACAAGCAGGGAAGUGAGCAGUGGAGGUCAGACAGUGCCAUCGAUCCUGUGGCCUGCAGCCAGCGUGUGGCUGAUCACGAAGACGGGAAUGAUCCUGAGCCGGGUGAUAACGCAGGGCUGCCUAGCUAUUGGUCAUCCAAUCAGAGUCAAGGCUGCUGAGGGAACAUCACUAGAAGGAUAUAAAUUAAUCCUACAGAAAAGACAUAAAGGAGAUAAUUCUCAGAAGUGGGUGUUUGGAACCGACAGCUGCAUUUAUUCUAAGGCUUAUCCUCAGUUUGUUCUGACCUACCUAGAGGAGCUAACUGGACAAGUGGAUGUGACCCAGACAGAGUAUCCCAUUCACCAUGGUGCCUGGACUACAACUCAUCAGAAACAUGGUAGCAGCUUAGCAGAAGAGGUUCUGCAAGAAAGUGCCAGCAUCCCUGGUCUGAAGCAACUGCCAGAGCCUUCAGAUACCCAUUUAAUGCCAGAAGGUUCUCUUGGAGAGACAAAGCAGCUGACCGUGGCACUGGUGAGGAAACUGGAAGAGAAACAUCCUAAGGCUUCUGCUCAGAGGUGGGCCAUAAAACAUGAAGGGACUAAUAAGCCAGGCCAAUGGAAACAUUCCAAAGUUGAAAAUCCUCUCUGGAACAAGCUUACCUACAUGUGGCCAGUUCUUCCCAGUGGACAACUUAAUGAGGAGUUUGAUUGGCCAAUAGAAGGACUGCUUAUUCCAAACAGUCCUCCCAUGAGGAAAACCAUCUGUAAGACCCCGGAGCUGUGUGUCCCUGUGAGGCUCAGAGUUUUGCGGAACGGAGACAAGAACAAAAACAGAGCCUUUGUUAUAAUUGGUCCAGAUGUCUCACCUGGACGGAAAAUGCAAAAUGUUGACGUUGAAAGGAAAAAGAAUGCGAAAAACCACAUUACUAAAUAUUUUGAAACAGAAACAAUCCAGACUGAAUUUCACCAACUUUUGGAGAGGUGCACUGAAAUUUUAAAUUUACCUUCUGCAGCUCGGAGAUUGUUCAAUGAAAAGGGAAAGGAAAUCUUUGCCCUAAAAGACCUUCAAAGGGAUGAACUGGUAUAUGUUUCAUGUGGAGAACAUUGGAUCAAUCCUGAUGUGUCCAUUGCUCAGCAAAAGAAGCAAAUCUUCCUGAGGAACUUAGCAUCAGAUAUUUAUAAAAUUCAAGCUUUCUGCAGUAUACAUAAAAUAGAGGCUCUUGUUUUAGAAGUCCAAAGUGACAUUGUAUCUGGAGCCAAGCUUGCUGUGCAUAAACCUGUAGCAAUUUUUGGAGAAGAGAAGCAAAUGAUAGGACCAAAGGAAAAGCAAAUGCAAAAAAAUGCUUUAACCACGGAAAAGGCUUUCAGUGAAGUUCUAGAUUCACAUGCAAGAGCCCAUCUCCGAAUGAAAGCUUGUCACACACUUCUCAGGUACACCUGGCAGGAAACUCCUCAGGACUUUGAUGAGGAUGACAGUCUUCCAAAGAAAAUGGAAGAAGAACUCUUUGAAAAUGAGGAAUCACUGAAGAAAUACAGCCAUUCUCCAAAGCAGAAUAAAUUGCAGAAGCUUUGCCACCAGCAGUUUGAAUACAGAAAUGGGCAAAUUAUAAGCUGUGCCGCUCCUCAGCUAGUUUUGGGAGUUCGAGGCCCUGAUGUGCGCUCAGGCAUGGAGGUAGUUUUGGUGGAGAAAAAAGUGGAUGAUUGUCAUCAACGGUGGAUGCACAAGGAAGGCAGCAGGACCUUUCACCUGGUGGGUAACCCAGACCUUGUGCUGGCAGUGUCUAUGACCAAAACAAGAAAUGAAGUCUGUGGCUAUCCAGUUAUUGUUCAGAAAUAUAAACCAUAUAACAAUGGGACGGCCAAUCAAAAGUGGAAUUUUGUGGAAAACAUCAAAGCUUUUAUGGCCUUUUAUAGCACUGCACUGGAUAAGGAGAUCACAGCAGCAAAUUAUGCUGGUAUUUGUACAUCCUCUGUGAUUAAAGGGGAAAACAUUGAUCAACCAGGAUACUAUUAUGUCUCACUCACUGGAAAGAACAAAACAAUGCUCUGCUUAGCAUGUGGACGAUCCCUGAGAGCAGAGAAGGGGCUGAAACCAUUGCUUCCAGGGCUACCAUUCUUCUGUGCCUCAGGCUCCAAGACCCGGAAGCCGCUCUCACGAGGGCCUUUCAAGGUCAUCAGUGUGGCAAAGGCUGAUUUAUCUUCUUAUGAGGCUGAGAAAACACUAAGUUAUUAUGAAGAACGUCUGUUAUCUUUACGGAUGAAGACCUGCACGCAAGUUGUAUCUCGUAGUGGUAUGGCAGCUACGCACCAGCAGGCGGUGAAAAUAAUUGCAUACAAAAAUGGAGAUGGAUAUCGAAAUGGGAAGUUAAUUGUGGCUGGAACAUUCCCCACACUUCUUACAGAAUGCACGGAGCAACUUGGUCUCCCCAGAGCAGCCUCCAAAGUAUAUGUCAAAGAUGGGACCACGAUCCUUUCCUUACGUGAUUUGGUUUUAUGGGCACUAGAAGAAUCUUUUAUCCAGAGAAACACUGAGAAACAAAAGAAAGAGGCAGUCCCAAUUCGAACAAAGGAGACAACAAUUACAAGUAUGAAAGAAAACCCAAGAAUGAAAGUGAACACCAAAUUGUUUCCAAAGUCUGUGACAUCUGAUAGUUUGGAUGGUAUAGAUAAGUCUUUGCUUACUCUUGUCCUCAGAAAUCCCAUUGCCAUCUGGGUAUCUUGCGGUGAACCAUUUCUAUCUCCGAAGGCUUUGCAGAAAGCAGAAAAGUUAGAAAAACGGAACUGGCUAAAAAAGGACAAAAUUUUGGCUGAUCUAGACACCAUGAAACACAAAAUGAGACAGUUAAAAGGGCGGCGAGUAGCAGCAUGUCAGCCGGCCUCCAUGGUUCCCAACAAAAGCCCCGUGCAGCCGGUGGUGGUGGAGGGAGGCUGGACUGAGCAGACUCAAGAGGAAAUUAAACUCAUGGAACUCAUAAGACAUACAGAGGCGCACCUUUUAGCAGUUCAAGAACUGCAAGCCGAGAGAAAUCCUCCAGUUGAAACUAAACCUAUCGCCCUAGGGCAGAGCAGCCUGUAUAAGCAACCGGAUGCAAAACGAGUAUGGAUUUAUCUAAACGGAGGCAGACCUGAAGAAGGCACUUAUGCCUGGGGCAAAACUAUUUCAGAGCUGCUGGAUGACUGCUCCUUUCGUCUUAAGCUGGCCCGCCCAGCCAGAGCCCUGUACACCCCUGAUGGAGAACCAGUCCUCUCGUGGGACGGCAUAGAGAGGGACAUGGUCAUCUGCGUGUCCACAGGACCUGGCUUUAUAACUCAAGGAGAGUUAAAGCAACUGAUGGAGGUCAGAGCGAAUUAUGCCAGAAUCCGAAGGCAGCAGGGCCCUGAAGCCACAAACAUUGUGGUGUCACAACCUGACAAGCUGCAGUUUCCGGAAAGAAAACUUUCUUCACCUACUUGCAAACAGAGGGAUGUGACAGAAAAGCCAAUCAUUCAGAUUGCCGAAGACUCGAAUUUAGGAAAAUCUCCUUCUAUGAAAGAAAUCUAUGUGGUUCAUUUAGAAAUUCAGUCUUAAAAUUUAUCUUUCAAAAUAACUGGAUUUUUCACGGACUGAUUUUGAAGAAUUACCAACACUACAAGUUAUUUAUAAAUUAAUAAGAAGGCAUAUAAUAGUCAAAUGCAGCAUUAGCCAUAGAGACUUCAUAUUCUAGUGAAAUCUUGUAUCUAUUAUCUAGUUUUUCCAGUCUACAGAGAGGCCUGUUGGAAAAAGUUGCAUAUAUAUUGAACACAUGUUUUGUCUCCCCACUAGAUAGCAAGUGCCUGGAGGGCAGAGACCCUUGUUUUUUGUUUACUCGGGACAGGGCUCUGCCCAUAAAGACUCCGUGUGAAUCCAGCAGUCCCAGUGCCAGAAAAAGGUUACGGGAAGGUGAGGCGAAGCCACCCUCCGCUCUUGUGCUGGACCACAGGCUGAAAUUACAACAGGACAGUGGGGAUAGAAGAUCUGCUUUAUAGAAUUUCAUUUCAGUCAGCUGUUCAGGAGCUAUAUCCUCAGAGUCAAAUUAAAUCGAGUUAUAGUUGGAUAGACCUUUCUGCUUUUCAGGGGCAAGAAACACUUCUCAAAAUUGCACAAACAAAAUAAAUGUGA